GAACUAGCAAUUGCUAGCUUGUAUUGAAUUGUUUCAGCACCUACAAGAAGGCGCGCGCAUGAUGACUCAGCUGACGAACCAGCUGGCGACGCUGGAGCGGGCGCGCAAGAACUAUGAGAAGGCGUCACGGGAGGCGGAACGCGCAUUGGACACAUUCCAGCGUGUCGACGCCGACAUGAACCUGUCGCGUGCCGAGGUGGAGAAGCAGCGCAUGAACAUGACGCUCAAGUCGCAGCAGUGCGAGGAGACCAAGAACGAGUACGCCAGCCAGCUGCAGAGGACCAACGACCUACAGAAUCAACAUUACCAUAUAUUACUACCCGAUGUUUUUAGGAAUUUACAAGACCUCGAUGAGAAGAGGAUAAAAGAUAUAAGAAAUUUCAUGAUUCACUCUGCCGAUGUCGAAAGGAAAGUGUUUCCUAUUAUUAGUAAGUGUUUAGAUGGUAUCGUCUCAGCGGCGCAGCAAAUCAACGAGAAAGAGGAUACGUUAUUAGUGAUAGAACGAUACAAGUCAGGCUUCCAGCCACCGACAGACAUUCCGUUUGAAGACCUGAACGGUAGGGGGGGCAGCGAGCGGGAUGGGAGCAGUGGGGGGGUGGGACCGCCGCCCCUCAGCAGUGUGGGUGGAUUCCGACCGGAGGCCAUGACAGUCAAAGGCACCAUGUCAGCCGGUGGCAAGCUCAAGAAGAGGGUCGGCAUAUUCAACAUUUUCAGCUCCAACAAGGUAUGUAACCUCCACUAUUUGCUAUUCAUUUCUGCCUAAUAUUCAACUCUCUCUUACAGGCUACUGGAUUGUUUCUGUUGUGUACUAUGUAAAAACUGAGGAUACAAGCCUUUUAUCCACCAAAUACUUCAUCAGGCCUGCAAGUAAACAAAAUUAUUUUACAUUAUUCAGCUGUCCUCUCUUGUAAAAGAUUGUCUUCGAGGCUAAUGUCCAAAGUUCUCUUACAAGGUAUUUGAUUGUAUCUGUUAUGUUCUUUAAAAACUACCAGUGGACACUAGACUAUACUAAAGGAUUCUCCCUCUCACCAGGCCUAUAAGUUUAUAACUCUUUUAAAAUUGAAUUUAGCUGUCCUCACCUGUAAAAAGUUUCCUUCUAGGCCAAUGUUCAAUGUUCAAGAUCAACUAGUUCUUGAUUUUCAUUUUUGUUAGUUUGGAAACUUUCUACUUCCCGACAGUAACUUACAGCUGAUGAUGUAUGAGCACACACGAAAGUAAGUUCCAGGUUUUCUUACAGGAUACCUUAUUAUUUGUUGUAUUGUGUUGUUUUAUAAACAACCAGGCGAUACACGUUUUCAAUAAAUAAUUCAGCAAGCCUAAAAGUAUUCAGAACGCUUAUCAAAUCUGUUUAACUGUUCUCUCUAGGUUUCAUCUCAAGAUACAUUCAUUUUUGUUCAUUGUUAUUUCAGUGGAAACAUAUUGAAGAAUAUAAGUUUUACUAUUUGAAAGUUUUACUAUUUCUAUUUGAAUGAAUUUUGUCUCAUCAGAAGUUU